ACCGCCUCGCGCACCCUACGGGCCGAACAGGGCCCCCUCCGACGGAUACGGGAUUCUCAGUAGCUGAGGCAGUAAAAGUAGUAGUGGCAGGAGCAGUGUGAUGGCGGCGGCAGUGCUGAAGCGGGAAGCGACUUCUCGCUCCUCCGGGUCUUCCCUCCCUUUAACCGAGAACCCAGUGGCGGCGACGGCGGCGGCCCCCUGGCUCGGAGCAGCGCUGCGGCUGCUGGUCGCGCUGCUCCUGAACGUGGCCCGGGCCGAGAAAGAAGCUUUCAUCCAGUCAGAUAGUAUAAUAGAAGUUCUGCGCUUUGAUGAAGGAGGUUUAUUACAGACUGAGACAGCUAUUGGCCUCAGUUCAUAUCAACAGAAAAGUGUAUCUAUGUAUCGAGGGAAUUGCAGACCUAUUCAGUUUGAGCCACCAAUGCUGGAUUUCCAUGAACAGCCAGUCGGGAUGCCAAAAAUGGAAAAAGUUUACUUGCACAAUCCUAGUGCAGAAGAAACUAUUAUAUUAGUAUCGAUAUCUGCAACAACCUCACAUUUUCAUGCAUCUUUUUUUCAAAACAGGAAAAUCCUCCCAGGAGGGAACACAUCAUUUGAUGUAGUUUUUCUUGCAAGAAUGGUGGGAAAUGUAGAAAAUACUUUAUUUAUUAACACAUCUAAUCAUGGGGUAUUUACUUACCAGGUGUUUGGUGUAGGAGUACCAAAUCCCUACAGACUGCGCCCUUUUAUAGGGGCAAAAGUUCCUGUAAAUAGCAGUUUUUCUCCUAUAAUAAAUAUUCAUAACCCCCACAGUGAGCCUUUGCAGGUGGUAGAAAUGUAUUCAAGUGGAGGUGAUCUUCACCUAGAGCUUCCAACGGGACAACAAGGCGGUUCAAGAAAAUUAUGGGAAAUUCCUCCCUAUGAAACUAAAGGGGUUAUGAGAGCCAGUUUUUCUUCAAGAGAAGCAGAUAAUUACACAGCCUUCAUCCGAAUAAAAACAAAUGCCUCAGAUAGCACAGAGUUCAUUAUUCUUCCAGUAGAGGUAGAAGUCACAACAGCCCCAGGAAUUUAUUCAUCAACAGAAAUGUUAGAUUUUGGUACAUUAAGAACACAAGAUAUGCCAAAAGUUUUAAAUCUACACUUGUUGAAUUCAGGAACAAAGGAUGUGCCAAUAACAAGUGUUAGACCCACACCACAAAAUGAAGCUAUCACAGUACAUUUCAAGCCGAUUACAUUGCGAGCUUCUGAAAGUAAAUAUACCAAAGUUGCAAGUAUUAGUUUCGAUGCAUCAAAAGCAAAACGACCUCUACAGUUUUCAGGAAAAAUAACAGUCAAAGCAAAAGAGAAGAGUUACUCAAAACUUGAAAUUCCAUAUCAGGCAGAAGUAUUAGAUGGAUACUUAGGAUUUGAUCAUGCAGCCACUUUAUUUCAUAUCCGUGACAGUCCAGCUGACUCCGUGGAAAGAGCAAUCUAUUUAACAAACACAUUCAAUUUCGCAGUGUUCAUUCAUGAUAUAAUGCUACCAGAAGAAAUCAAAGCAAUAUUUAAAGUCCACAACUUCAGCAAACCAGUUUUAAUUCCACCAAAUGAAUCCAGAUAUAUUUUCACUCUUUAUUUUGUGGCUUCCUUGUCAUCUCUUCACAUUGAUAACAAUAUUUUGCUCAUUACCAAUGCCUCUAAAUUUCAUCUACCUGUGAGAGCAUACACUGGAUUUUUAGAUUAUUUUGUGUUGCCCCCAAAACCUGAUGAGCAGAUAAUAGAUUUUGGUAUAUUGAGUGCCACGGAAAGCAGUAGCAUUCUCUUUGCAAUUAUUAACAGCAAUCCAAUUCAGCUUGCUAUAAAAAGCUGGCAUGUAAUAGGUGAUGGUUUGACCAUAGAACUCCUAGCUGCCGAAAAAGGCAACAGAUCUACAAUAAUUGCAAGUCUUCCAGAAUUGGAAAAGGCUAGUUCAUUGGAUCAAACAUCAGUAACAUUGAUGCCUGGUUCAUACACUGUGUUCAGAGUAAGAUUAUUACCAAAAGAACUUGAAGGGAUUCAUGAUGGGGCCAUACAAAUCUCAACAGAUUAUGAGAUCUUAACAAUUCCUGUGAAGGCUGUAAUUGCUGUAGGCUCAUUGACUUGCUCCCCGAAACACAUUCUUCUUCCACCUUCCUUUCCAGGCAAGACCGUACAUCAGAGUUUGAGUAUUAUGAGCUCUUUCUCACAGAAGGUAAAAAUACAGCAGAUCCGCUCACUGUCAGAAGAUGUUCGGUUUUAUUACAAGAGAUUACGAAGUAACAAGGAAGAUCUGGAGCCAGGGAAAAAGUCCAAGAUUGCAAAUAUUUAUUUUGACCCUGGUUUACAAUGUGGAAAUCACUGUUAUGUGGGAUUGCCUUUUCUGAGUAAAUCUGAAUCAAAAUUACAGCACAGUGUAUCUAUGCAAGAAGAUGCAUGGGAUUCAGAUUGGGACUUACAUGAUAAUUUAUUUAGAGAAUGGAUUGGAAUAAGAGAUCACUCAAGCAAUCAAUUAAGUGCUGUAUUUGAAGUGGACACAGAUCUUCAGAAGGCGGUGGCGUCUAAAGUCACAGCAGAAUUGGCCUGGCCCUCUUUACUCAGCUCUUCACGCCAUUUGGAUUUCUCACUUACCAAUACAAACAGUUCAUCUGAGGAAGAAAUUCUUCUAGAAAACCCAGCAGAUGUUCCUGUUUUUGUUCAAUUACUUCCCAUAGCACUGUUUUCCAAUCCAUCAGUCUUCGUAGAUAAGCUAAUAGACCGGUUUAAUUUUAGUAAGCCAGCAAACUUCAAUUUGAGGACGCUAGAAUUUCAGGUCUCUAGAAACUGUGGCCAGGCAUUGCAGAGCUCCACAGGAUUUGCAGAGGGGUUUUCUCGGCAAUCAGUUUUAAAUGUGAUUUUAAAGCCUGGUGAGAGAAAAACUGUCAAAGUAAAAUUUACUCCAGUUCUUAAUAAAACAGUUUCAUCACUAAUAAUUAUCAGAAAUAAUUUGACUGUAAUAGAUGCUAUAAUGGUUAAAGGACAAGGAACAACCGAGAACAUGAGGGUUGCAGGCAAACCACCUGGGCUGGGAAGUUCCUUACGCUUUAAAAUCACUGAAGCAUUACUAAAAGACUGUACUGAAAAAACUAAAUUAAAGGAACCAAAUUUUACGCUGAAAAGAACAUUCAAAGUGGAGAACACAGGGCAGCUUCAAGUCAAUAUAAAAUCCAUGGAAAUCAGUGGCUAUUUAUGUGAAGGAUAUGGAUUUAAAGUAGUUAACUGUCAAGAAUUUGCACUAAGUGCCAAUGCCUCUAAAGACAUUGUCAUAUUGUUUACACCAGAUUUUACUACUUCCAGAGUCAUUCGUGAACUGAAGCUAACCACAGCAGGAGGCUCUGAAUUUAUAUUCAUAUUAAAUGCAUCACUUCCCUAUCAUAUGUUAGCAACUUGUGCAGAAGCCCUUCCCAGGCCCAACUGGGAGCUGCUACUGUACAUAGUAGUCUCAGGAAUAAUGAGUGUGCUCUUCCUUCUGGUAAUUGGAACAGCCUAUUUAGAAGCUCAAGGAAUUUGGGAGCCAUUCAGAAGACGCCUGUCGUUUGAGGCAUCCAAUCCUCCCUUUGAUAUGGGAAGGCCAUUUGAUCUCAGGAGAAUAGUUGGAAUUUCAUCUGAUGGAAACUUGAAUGCACUCGGAUCAGAUUCUAAUCACAGCUCUUCCAGAGGAAUCUAUGGACCUGGAGGUUCAUCACGAUCCAAUGCAGGAAGUCAUAAGCAAUGCAUCUCAACAAUAAACCUGCACAGCAAUAGAAAUUCAGUCGAAGUUGACAGUGUGAAAUUUAAAAACAGUUCAACUAUUUCCAGCAGGACUUCCAUGCAGGCAGGUUCUGCACAGUCAGCAAACAGAGCAGGUUCCCUCUUCCUGGACUCAAGUGCUGCAACUCAGAUUCAUGCAGUAGGCAGAAAGUCCAAGGGUGCAAAGCAAAAUCUGCAACCACACCAGCAGCAUGCUCCAGUCUUACUAGAGCAGCACUUAUCACAGCCACCAGCAGUGCCUCAGCAACAAGAGCAGCAGAAUGAGAAUUCCCUGCCACAGUCACAGCAUCUUACUCCUUCACAUUCAGAAUGUGCCGGCAACACAAGGCACAGUUCAGAGGACUCUGAUAUUGCCACUCUUAUAGAAACAAUGGAUAAAGACUUUGAUCAUCCAGAAUUGCCUUCCCCAGAUGUGUUUACAGAGCAGCCCCCAUCUCCAGUAGCAAAAAACAAAGGGAAAGGAAAACAAUUUCAACGCAAAUCUAAGCCCCAGAAAAAGCGGGAAGAAAAAGAGCGAAGAGGAAAGGGAAAGCAACAAGAGGAUGAACUGAAAGACUCUUUAGCAGAUGACGACAGUUCCUCGACAACCACAGAAACCUCCAACCCAGAUACAGAAGCACUUCUGAAAGAGGAGCCAGAAAAACAAAAGGGAAAACAGCCAUUGCCAGAGAAACAGGAAAAUGAAGUGCAAGUAAAGCACAAAAUCAAAAAACUAUCAGUUAUAAAGAAAGAAAUCUCAGCAGAUGUGAAAUCCAGUUCUUUUGAGAUGCCAUGUCCUUCAUCACUGGAAAUUAAGCAGCACAAAAGUUUUCCCUCCAAACUGUCUUCCCAGCAUACAUUUACAAAUGGGUUCAAACCAAGAAACAUUCAGAAAACAAAAGGUAUACACACAAAACUGAUGGAUAGUAGGCCGUCAUCACUAGCAAAGUUUUUCUCCAGUGGCUCUGGUCAAGAGCUAGGAAAUACCAGCAGCUCAGAAGGAGAAAAAGAUUCUCCACCACCAGAAUGGGAUUCAGUACCAGUUCACAAAGUGGGCAACUCUACUGACAAUCUUUAUAAGCUGUCCCUGCAAACCCUCAGUGCAGAUGCUUUUUUGAAGCAACGACAGACCUCACCAACUCCUGCCUCUCCAUCUCCACCCCCUGCAUCAUUGGCAUUUCUGCCACGGAACAGUUACAGCAGUAUUGUGAACACCUGCAAUGAACCAAAAAGCAAAUUGCUCAGUGGUGCCAAACAUAAGGUGGCAAAAACAGCCUCUCUCCCUGGCAGGAAUGGAAAUCCUACUUUUGCUGCUGUAGCUGCUGGUUAUGACAAGAGUCCAGGUGGUAGCGGCCUCGCAAAGUCUUCACCAGUCAAAACUGAAUCUUCUGGCUGUAUGAACGUUUCACACAUUGCUGCUGAUAGUGAUGGCUCUGACAGUUCUGGUUUGUGGAGUCCUAUAAGCAAUCCUAGCAGCCCAGAUUUCACACCCAUCAACUCAUUCUCAGCAUUUGGAAAUUCUUUUAAUUUAACUGGAGAGGUUUUCAGCAAACUUGGCCUCUCACCAUCUGUCUAUGGUCAGGAUGCUCAGAGAAACUGGAGUGAGUUUAGUAAUGUUCCUUCAUCCAUCUGGGAUUCUUCAGCUACAGAUUUGAUGCCCUCCUGGCCAACAAGUUCAGGAUCCCCAACUCACACAACUUCAUCUAUCCUGGGCAACCCAAGCGGCCUGUGGUCUACCACCACCACUCCAUUUAGCAGUUCCAUUUGGUCAAGUAAUUUGAACAACUCCCUUCCCUUCAACACUCCAGCUAACACAUUGCCAGUUAUUGAUCUCGGGAGUGAAAGCGCAGCACCACCAUCACCUGCAACUGACCCUACGCCUAGCAAUUCUGAAGAUGUGGGACAAACAUAUAACCCAUGGCUAAUUUGGAGCCCUGCAAUUGGAAGAAGAAGCUCAGAUCCUUGGCCUAAUGUGCAUUACUCACCUGAAAAUUGAGAUUAAGCAAAACGAAGCGACUGUUGUCCAGAUCUGAUCAUGGGAAAUUCUGUAACAUGCCUGGAACAUAAUUCGCAAGCCAUUUGCUGCCAUUCCUCCCCUUUGCUCCCUCCAACACCACCGUUAAAAUCCAGUCAUCCAUUCAUCACUUGCACCUCUGAACUCUUGUCUUGCGAUUAUGGUAGUGUGAAAUUGCUGAUCAACUUGGGAAAGUUUAGAUGUGGUCAAAAACUAUUCAUCUAUGACCACACUCUUGGGAUUGUUGUUUUUUUACCAUCUGCCCUUUAUGUUUUUUUAAACCUAGUAAAGUUCCAAAAUGCAGUGAUUUUUAACUACCAUGCUUGGUCUUUAAUUUUUUUUUCCAGUAUUAUGCUCCCAAACAUAAUUUUAAAGAGCACCUUGUGCUAAAAAAAAUGCAGAGUAUUUUUUUAAAAAAUAAGACUGUCUUUGUUAAAAGACACUACGAAUGUAAAAUAUUUAGGAGCAAAAAUGGCUGAACAUAAGAGCAUUCUGUUCAAACUACAUUUUAUGUGCUGUUUGUACAUUUGUAAACCUGAAUGCAUUUUUAAGUUGAACUGAAAUGUGCAUAGCCAAUACUUGUGGAUGAAACAAGAUUCCUUGUGCUUUUCUUACCAAUACAACUUGGAGUUGUACUUGAAAAAUAAAUAAUGCUUUUUUUCA